UAGGAUCUUGAAUUCUUGAUGCCCCGUAAGAAAGCAUGUGCAGUCUGAGCUUGCCACGCAGGACCACGUGACUCCUCGCUCCACCACCACCACGACUCCUCGUCAUUUCAUUACCAUACUUCCCAUUGGCAUUUGCUACGCAGCAUUCACUCAUUGCUUAAUCGAAUCUGCAAAGAUGUCGGGAGGACUUGAUUUACUCGGACUUCGAGAAGACGAUGUGUCCAAGAUGUUGGCGGCAACGACUCAUCUUGGGUCGGAGAACACGGAUUUCCAGAUGCAACAAUAUGUGUACAAGCGUCGAUCGGACGGUGUCCACGUCAUCAAUCUGCGACGAACUUGGGAGAAGCUGGUGUUAGCUGCCCGAGCAAUUGUGGCUAUUGAGCGCCCAGCUGAUGUUUACGUCAUCAGUGGCAAGAGUUAUGGUCAACGGGCCGUCUUGAAGUUUGCCUACUACACUGGGGCUACUGCCAUCGCCGGAAGAUACACACCUGGAGCGUUUACCAACCAGAUCCAGGCUGCCUUCCGUGAGCCCAGGCUGUUGAUUGUUACUGAUCCACGAACUGAUCAUCAACCCAUUACCGAGGCUUCGUAUGUGAACAUCCCGGUAAUUGCUUUGGCGAAUACUGACUCACCUCUUCGCUUUGUGGACAUUGCUAUUCCAUGCAACAAUAAGUCUCCACAUUCCAUCGGACUUAUGUGGUGGAUGUUGGCCCGAGAGGUGCAACGCCUCCGAGGCACUCUGAGUCGCGACAAGUGGGACAUUAUGGUUGAUCUUUUCUUCUACAGAGAUCCUGAAGAGGCUGAGAAGGAAGAGCAAGCCGCCAAGGAGCAGGCCGCCAUCACGGCCAAAGUUGAAGAAGCUGUCCCCGUUCCACCAGUUAUCUCUGAGUCUUGGCCAGUUGAGGGUGGUGGUGACGCUGCGGCCCCAGAGGCUGUCGCUUACACUGCACCAACUGAAGAUUGGAGCGCUGAAGCUGAAAACUGGGCUCAGGAAACCAACGAGUGGGGCGGUCCCGCAAGCAGCUGGGCUCAACAGUAACAAUUUUCAUAUUGAAUCAUGUGGUCACGGAUCGAUCGUAGCAUUAUUAUUGUUAAGUUUUGCUAUUAUCAAUUUUUAUCCACAUGCAAGAAAUAAAAUCAAUUGAAAAUUAAAAACA